AUGCAUAAAUGGACUGUUUUAACGGUAUUCGCGACUCGAGCGAUAGCGACAUGCUUUUACCCCGACGGCAGCAACGCCGCAAAAGACUAUAAAUACGAACCAUGCGGGAACUCGACUACGACGUACUCAACGUGCUGUUACUUUGGCGAAGGCGACAAAUGUCUCGCAAACGGUUUGUGCAAUCAACCUGGAAAGUGGGAUUAUCGCGCCGCUUGCCAGAACAAAGACUGGUCCAAUUGCCCAGAGGUCUGCAUGGACGCGGACUCUGGUACCUGGUUCGCCUUGACAACAUGCGGGAAGAAUAAGUACUGUUGUCCUCCAGCAGAUGGAAGCGACUGUUGCGACAGCGGCGCCGUGGUCUACACGCUCAAAGCUCCGAGCCCGACUUCCAGCAAAACAAAGACAACCAGUGCGACGAGUACACUUCAGAGCGUCGUUCGAACAACAAUUGUACAGACAGCGACCCCAACAGGCGAUCCCAGGGAUAGCACCGUUAAGUCUUCGACGCCUGCUAUUGUAGGCGGGACUGUUGGCGGUGUUUCCUUCAUUGGGUUUCUGUUUCUUGGAGUCUUUUGCGUUUACAAACGUCGAGAUCGUCCAACCGUACCAAAUUCUGCUGUAGCAGCUCUGAGUGAAAAGAAAGAUGAUGCAUCAAGCGGGAAGGACAAUGCAGCCGUGCAGGUCAUCCCCCAGACUAGCCCUGCUGAAGCUGAGGGAACAGAGGGCAACAGGUACACUGAAGUUGAUUCUCGAGCUGUCAACAUUACGCCCCUGCAACUCGCAUAUCCAGAGGACGAUGGAAUGCCUCAACCUAUGGAUGUCACUCUUUCUCAACGACCAUAUCCCGAGAACGACAGCAUGCCUAGACCGGACCGGCAACAUGCUUUGAGGAGAGGGAUUGUGGGAAAUUACUCUACGGAAGCUGAAUCAAAUCCGAUUUUGCAUGCUGACUCGAAUCCUGUUCUCCACGCCGAUUCAAACCCUAUUCUACAUGCUGAUUCAAACCCCAUUUUACAAGCUGACUCAAAUCCGAUCCUACAAGCUGACUCGAAUCCGAUCCUGCAGGCGGAUUCAAAUCCUAUUCAUGAGGCACCCAACGACAAUGGAGUAAGGCUCAGGGAUACGGCCCCUGCUAGAAACUCCGCACAUGAGCUUCAGUAG